UCAAUCAGUAUAAUCAAUAUUGAUCAAUGAACUUAAUGCUGCUAUGUUGUUGUUAUGAUGAUUAACUUUCAAAAUUGAAAUAUUAUGUAAUCAAACUGAAACUGUAAUUAUUAUUUUAUCAAGAUGGCAAAUGAAAGUCCAUAUUUUUGGACAUGUCAAAAAUGUCGAUAUAGAAAUUCAAAAUUGGCUCAACAAUGUUUUAGCUGUCGUAAUCGUAAUCCAAAUGAACAAAUAACGAAGAAAUCUACGUUACCAUUAUCAUCGUCAAAAACAUCUACGACAUUGUUGAAUGAUCAACAUCACCGUCGAUCGUAUGUAACGAAUAACAAAAACAACAACAAUGUUUUGACAACAAAAAUUAAAAAUCAACAAAUACGAACCAAUCAAUUAUUACCGACAACAAAACGAUCAUCACAAACAACAACGACAACAAAUCAAAAUACAAGAAUUAUUCCAAUACAAAUUAGCCAACAAAAACAACAGAAUAGCUAUAUAAAAUCAAAUCCAAAAACAUUGGCAACGAUUCAGGAAACGACGAAAUCGACGAAUAAUCAACAACCACAACCACAACAAUCAAAUCAAAUGAGCGAAGUGUUUGAAUCAUUUCGUCGAAACGUUCGAAGGAAAAUUACAUCGAUACAUUCACGUUGGAGUAAAUCCUGUGAAGAAUUACCGGCAAAAGCUUAUAUAUUAAUAAAAAAAGCAAAAAAAGAUUAUAAAAGAUUAUUAUCAUCACAUCGAUCGGCACCAUUUAUUGAUCCAGAAUUUCCAACCAAUCGUUCAUCACUUUAUCGUUUGAAUGAAGAUUUUGAUCCAAGAUAUGAUCGUUUAAUUGCAAAAUGGUUACGUAUUGGUGAAUUAGAAUUUGAACGAUCACCAAAUGAUAUUAAUGAUGAUGAUGGUGGUGGUGAAAAAUUUCAACAAAAAUUAUUAUGUGUACAUGAUCAAACAUUAAAAGUAACGGAUUUUCGUCAAGGAAAAUUAGGCAAUUGUUGGCUAUUAAGUUCAUUAGCAAGUUUAGUUUAUAAUUAUCCAGAACGUUUAAAUUUAAUAAUACCGGAUAAACAAUUACAUCCACGUGAAUGUUGUUAUCAGAUAAUAUUAUGUUUGGAUGGACAUUGGUCUUCGGUUAUUAUUGAUGAUUUUUUCCCAUGUGAUCAAUCAGGUAGACUUGUAUUUACUGAAGCAUUUGGUCAUCAUUUAUUUGCACCUAUGAUUGAAAAAGCAUUAGCUAAACAUUAUUCUUGUUAUAAAGCAUUAAUACUUGGUCAUACAAUUGAAGGUUUUUCAACACUAACCGGUAUGCCUGUAUUUACAAUUAGAAUUGAUGCCAGCAUUAGAAAUUCAUUGGAAUCACGUCAUGAAUUUUGGAUUCGUUUAAGAAAUUUAAUUAAAGUUGAACGUUAUCUUGCUGCUGCAUCAUGUUCAACCGAAAAAGAUGGUCUAUUUAAAGCACAUGCAUAUUCGGUUUUGGAUAUUUAUAUGAAUCCACAUACAUUUGAUUGUGAUCAAAAUGGUAUAUUAUUAGCUAAUCCAUGGGGUGAUCAAAAAUUAACCGGUGAAUUAUUAGUUAAUAAUGAUUAUUUUCUAAAACAAUUAGAACAUAAACAACAAAAUGGAUUAUUUUGGAUUUCAUUAAUUGAUUUUCUUAAUUAUUUUGAUCAUUUGGAUGUUUGUAAAUUUAGUAAUGAUUGGUAUAUAAGACGUUUUGAAUUUCGUUUACCAUUUCAAAUUAUUGAUCGAUAUAAUUUUACUAUAUUUGAAUUAAAUUGUCGAAGAAAAACGGUUAUAAAUUUUACUAUUUAUCAACGUAUUGAUCGUGAUUUAAGAUUGAAAUAUCGUCUUUCAUUAUCAUUAGUUAUAUAUAAAAUUUGGGAAGAUGAUUCAUUACAAACAGUAACAACAAGUCCAAUUUUAUCGGAAAAAAUUGUUAAUUUUGAAACACUACUUGGUCAUGGUGAUUAUUUGGUCGCUAUAUUUGGUUUCAAUCAUUGGGGACUAACAUCUAGAUUAAAAGAAGCACCAAGAUUAGUAAUGGCAACACAUUCGGAUAAACAAAUCGAUUUAAAUCCGGUUAAUCCGGAUAUGCAUCUUAUGGGUGAUUUACUUAUACAAACAGCUAUCGGUGUUGGUGAAAUGAAAUUAAUGGAAGUUGCUGAUUGUAUUGAAUAUCGUUUAACAAAUUUUGCUGCAUUCAUUUGGGUAGUGGAAAAUCGUUCCGAAUUACAAUGGUUAAUGGUACGAUGGAAUACAAAUGAUAUACGUGAUGCAUUCAAUCUACGAUCAACAACACAAUCAUUAGAUUUAAUACCACCAAAAUGUCGACAAAUUAUCAGUGUUAUGGCUAGAGAAAGUGAUAAACAAAGUUGUCAAUAUCAUUUUACAUUUCGUGCACAACAAUUAUCUGAACAAUUAUCAUCACCAACAGCCAUACAGAAUCUGGAACCAUUAGUUAAACAAACUAAUGAUGAUGCGGAUAAAUUGUCGGUAUUAUUUGCACCAAGAAUAAUUCAAUCACAUUUGAUUGCCGAAAAAAAUCGUGGAAAAAGAUUUGAUUUUUCAAAAGAAUCUGAUUCAAUGUGUAUAAUUUCCUGAUUCAAAACAAACAAACAAACAAAAACAAAAACAAAAACAAAUCAAAUCAAUCAAUCAAAUAAAUAAUUUCUAUUCAAAUAAAAAAAAAAGAAUUUUUCGUUUUUCAAAUUAAAAUUGACCUACUAUUUAAA